AUGUUGAGGUCUAUUUUAGGCAGAUCACUUAGAGUUUCAGUGCCAAAGAGAGCCGAGUCAGAGGCUGUCGGAGCAUGGGGAGAGAUUUACGGGCCCGAGCAUUUGCAAAUGCAGGAUUCGCUCAGGAAGAUAAUCGAGCAGGAUAUUAACCCGAAUGUGCCAGAGUGGGAAAAAGCGGGCCAAUACCCAGCGCACGAGGUUAUGAAAAAACUCGGCUCAGCUGGUUUCCUCGGCACUUCUCAUCCAGAAGAAUACGGCGGAAUGGGACUUGACUACUCCUACACUGUUGCCGUUUCUGAAACUCUUGGGGAGAUUAAAUGCGGAGUUUUGAGACCUUCUAUUGCUGGAGACAAGGUUGCAUGUUUGGGUGUUUCUGAAGUCCACGCUGGCUCCGAUGUCGCUCAAAUCAAGACGACAGCCAAGUCCGAUGGAGACGAUUACAUUAUCAAUGGCCAAAAAAUGUGGAUCACAAACGGCCUCCAGGCUGAUUGGAUCUGUCUCUUGGCAAACACUUCUGAUGGACCAGUUCACAAAUCGAAGUCGCUGAUUUGCGUGCCAAUGGAUCUUCCUGGCGUCGUUCGAGCAAAGAAAAUUGAAAAAAUUGGAAUGUGGUCUUCCGACACCGCCCAGCUCUGGUUCGAAGACGUCCGAGUUCCGAAGAAAUACAUUAUCGGAGAAGAAGGAUCAGGAUUCAUGUACCAGAUGAUUCAAUUCCAACAGGAGCGAAUCUUCGGAAUGGCUUCUGCCAUCGCUGGAAUCGAAGCCUGCAUCAACGACACAAUCGAUUACACAAGGGAAAGACAGGUUUUCGGAAAAUCGGUCUUGGACAAUCAGUACAUUCAUUUCCAACUCGCUGAGUUACAGACCGAAGUAGAAAUGCUCCGCGCUCUCUUGUACCGAGUAACUGCGAUGUACUGCAACGGCGAAGACGCGACAAAACUAGCCUCGAUGGGAAAACUCAAGACCGGCCGACUAAUCCGAGAAGUCUCCGACAAAUGUCUUCAAAUGUGGGGAGGAAUGGGCUUCACUCUCGAAAACCCAGUUGCGCAGCAAUAUCGAGACGGAAGAUUGGUUUCGAUCGGAGGAGGCGCUGACGAAAUCAUGCUUCAGAUUAUCUGCAAACUUAUGAAUAUCUUGCCGAAAGGAACGAAACUUGUUUGA